AUGGAUCCAGCGGAAACGCGACGAAUUCAACGAAGGUUCGAUGGAUCCAAUGGAUCCAGUGGAAAUGUGACGAAUUCAACGAAGGUUCGAUGGAUCCAAUGGAUCCAGUGGAAAUGCAAAGAAUUCAACGAAGGUUCGAUGGAUUCAACGAAUCUAGCCGAAAUUCGAUGAAUCGAAGGAAGAUUCGAUAGAGUCAAUUGAAUUUAACAGGAUUUCCAUAUAUUAUGCUAAAAUUCG